AGAUGGAAGAAGAGCAACAAAGCUCGCUUUAUUAUUUUCUUUCAUUCUCUCUCUUGUGCUCAGAAAACAGAGGAGGAAAUUUUCUCGGAGUCCAAUCAGUUUCUUGAGAAGUAACCAGAAGCAGCUCUAGAUCUGCGUCACUGUCACAGAGCCUCAAUGGUGCUUUCCUUGCUUUCUUAGCUGGAAAAUUUGGUAAGAUUCGCUUCGAUCACAAAGCCUACCUUAUACACCGCCUAUAUACACAAAUACAUACAGACAUAUAUGUAUAUAUACUCACUCUGAGACUGUCUUAAGACUUGGGCUUGCUCUCUUUCUGUACUGUCUUCUGCUCUUGAUCUUGGAAAUGACGACUCUCUCUCUCUCUCUCUAUCUCCCUGGAUGUUGUCUGGCCUCCCAGCAAAUGAAAGAAUGUGCUAGGGAUCAGAGCAGCUAAAGCCCACUUCACCUCCAGAAGCAUCUCAUAUCUCUGUUGACGAAAAUAGACUCCAACACAGCCAUGAAUAAUCACUUGACAGUUGAAACCGAAGAUACUUUUGCCAGCUUACUUGAGCUUGCUGCGAACAAUGACAUUGAGAGCUUCAAAAGAUCUAUUGAGAGGGACCCUUCUGCCAUUGAUGAGAUUGGUUUAUGGUAUUGUCGUCAGAAGGGCUCAAAGCAGAUGGUUAAUGAGCAGAGAACCCCUUUAAUGGUUGCUGCUAUAUAUGGCAGCAUUGAUGUGAUAAAGCUUAUUCUUUCUCUCUCUGAUGCUGAUGUAAAUCGUGCCUGUGGGCUUGAUAGGAGCACUGCUCUUCACUGUGCUGCCUCAGGUGGGGCUGAGAAUGCUGUGGAUGUUGUGAGGCUGCUUUUAGCAGCUGGUGCUGAUCCCAAUUUGGUUGAUGCUAAUGGUCAUCGUCCUGUUGAAGUUAUAGUUGUUCCUCCUAGGCUACAGAAUGUGAGAUUAGCUCUAGAAGAACUCCUUAUGAUUAAUGGUUCUGCUGGUGAACAGGUUCUCACGGUCUCAACAAGAACCCAACAUUCAAGUUCUCCUCCUCUUUCAGCUUCGCCGGAAAAUGGGUCUCCAUCUGCUUUAGAUUUCACUUGUUCUCCAACAAAGUCAAAGUUCUACAAUCUUCCUGUCUCUUCUGCGUCAGAGAAGAAGGAAUAUCCUGUUGACCCCUCUCUCCCAGACAUCAAGAACAGCAUUUAUUCAACUGAUGAGUUUCGGAUGUAUUCAUUCAAGGUGAGGCCUUGUUCACGUGCGUACUCCCAUGAUUGGACUGAGUGUCCCUUUGUCCAUCCAGGGGAAAAUGCACGGAGAAGGGAUCCUAGGAAGUUUCAUUACAGCUGUGUUCCUUGUCCAGAUUUCCGGAAGGGGGCUUGUAGACGUGGAGAUAUGUGCGAAUAUGCUCAUGGGGUUUUUGAGUGCUGGCUACACCCAGCUCAGUAUCGAACCCGACUUUGCAAAGAUGGUACAAGUUGUGCAAGGAGGGUCUGCUUUUUUGCCCACACUGCAGAGGAACUCAGGCCAUUAUAUGUCUCUACUGGUUCUGCUGUUCCCUCUCCUCGCUCGAGCACUUCUGGUGCUUCGGCCAUGGAUUUUGCUGCUGCAAUGAGCCUCUUGCCUGGUUCCCCAUCAUCAGUCAAUGUCAUGUCUCCUUCACCAUUUACUCCACCCAUGUCCCCAUCUGCCAAUGGCAUGUCACACUCAUCUCUAGCUUGGCCCCAACCUAAUGUCCCGGCUUUGCAUCUCCCAGGCAGCAAUCUUCAGUCUAGUCGCUUGAGAUCUUCCCUCUGUGCAAGAGAUAUGCCAGCCAAUGAUUAUGAUAUACUGCCAGAGUUCGAUAUGCAGCAACAACAGCUCCUAAAUGAGUUUUCUUGCCUCUCCCAACCAUCUAUGAGUUCUAAUUCACUUAACCGUUCUGGCCGGUUGAAAACCCUAACCCCCUCAAAUCUUGACGAUCUCUUCUCUGCUGAGAGCUUGUCACCCCGGUACUCUGAUCAAUCAUUGCAGUCAGGUGUUUUCUCUCCAACUCACAAAUCAGCUGUUCUUAAUCAAUUUCAGCAGCAGCAGAGCAUGCUUUCACCAAUCCAUACAAACUUUUCCCCCAAGAGUGUUGAUCACCCUCUAUUGCAGGCCUCUUACGGGGUCCCAUCCUCUGGGAGGAUGUCUCCACGCAAUGUGGAACCUAUCUCACCGAUGGGCUCUCGGGUUUCCAUGCUAGCUCAACGAGAGAAGCAACAACAGUUUCGUAGCCUUAGUUCACGGGAACUUGGCUCCAACUCUGCUUCCAAUGUUGGUUCCCCUGUAAAUUGUUGGUCAAAAUGGGGAUCCUCCAAUGGAAAACCAGAUUGGGCAGUUACUACAGAUGAAUUGGGUAAGCUCCGCAGAUCAUCUUCUUUUGAGCUUCUGCACAAUGGAGAGGAGCCAGAUCUAUCAUGGGUUCAGUCACUUGUUAAAGAAUCUCCUACCGAAAUCAAAGAAAAGCUAACACCGAUCUCGGGUGUCACAGCCACUGGAUCUUCCAGUGAGGGUUCAAAUGCAAACUCCCAAAGGGAAUCGGUUGAUCAUGCUGUUUUGGGAGCAUGGAUUGACCAAAUGCAUCUGGAUCUUGUGGCUCAGCAGAACUGAAACAAUGUUCAGUUAGUCCCAAGGUAGUUAACAGGAAGGUUUUGGUAAAUAACAUAAUGGCUUUUUUUCCAGAUUUUGUUGGUGGGUGGUGUUGAAGGUAGCAGAAACAUGGAUGAAAGCAAUUGCAGAAAGUCACUUGAAGAAAAUUCAUUUCACCAUUCAUUGUUACAGAAGUUAGAAAGAGUAAGCAUACCUCUGGGUUAUACUCAAAAAGAUGGAACCCAGUCUAGGUGUCAUUUUGCUUCGAAAUAUUUUCAAAUUUUAGGUUUAUAUGAUCAUCAUUUUUUCUUCUAUGAUGAGCAACAUGUUCUAUGAAUAUGGAACUCAAAAUCCUAUGGCUGUUUCAUCCUGUUCCUUUUAUUCAUUGUCAACUUCAGUACAAAUUAGGGGGGUGGUCAUUCUAUUAUCUUCUUAAAGAUUUCUUCAUAAUAUGGGCCUGGACCACUGGUCCAUUUUUGGGGAUUGGAAAGGUUGUUGCUUCUGAUGUGUUCUAAUGUAAUUUUACAAUAUGGUAACUGCUAGUGCCAGUUACUAUGGAUAAAGAGUAAGAUGGAGAAAUUAUGAACC